GUACAUCUGCUAUAAAUAUGUGAGAGUGUGCGCAGGCUGGGUGAUGGUGCUAUGAUGGACGCACUGCUUCAUGUUGCUUGUUUGCUGCUGCUACCUCUGCCGAGUCAGGCUGCAUAUACGCUGACGCCUGGCAGGCAACCUCAGCACAAGGUGCUGCACCUGGACUGGCCCAAAGACUGCGGGACAGCCCAUUUCAAGCCCAACAUGGCUGAGAGGAUCGUGUCAGGCAACGAGGCCAGACCGCACUCGUGGCCCUGGCAGGUCUCUCUGCAGGUUCGGCCCAGAGGGAGCAAACACCACAUUCACGUGUGUGGAGGAACUCUGAUCCACAAGAACUGGAUCCUCACUGCUGCUCACUGCUUCCAAAAAGGCAAGGCCGAGGAUGCCAGCUCAUGGAGGAUCGUACUGGGGAAGCAUCGUCUGAAGCGCUCCGAGACGGCCGAGAGGGUUUUUCCGGUGAAGAGGAUCUACCGCCAUGAGAGCUUCCGCUACCCGGCCCACAGCCAGCUGGACUACGACAUUGCUCUGGUGAAGGCCGGCGCCGACAUACUCCCAUCCAACUUUGUGCGCUACGCCUGCCUGCCGCGCAAGCAGAGCAGCCUCAAGCCGGGGCACUAUUGCUGGGUGACUGGCUGGGGCGACACCCGGGGAGGGAAGGAGAACGUGUCUUUGGCAGAGGCCCUCAAUCAAGCCCGACUUCCCGUCAUUGACUUCAAAACCUGCCGGCAGAAGAAGUUCUGGGGUGACCGCGUGCAAGAUUCCAUGAUCUGCGCUGGCUUCAGAGACACAGAGGAUCCACCCGCAGCAUGUCAGGGCGACUCUGGUGGUCCUCUGCUGUGCCAGCUGGGCCGGGACCGCUGGGAGGUGCACGGCGUGGUGAGCUUCGGCCCCAUCGGGUGUACGGUAGAGAACAAGCCCAGCGUCUUUACCAGAACCUCUGCAUAUAUCCACUGGAUGGAGGGGACCCGCAUCCGGGACUUCUUCCUGCACUGAGCCACCUCUAGUUCGACCAUUCAUUCAUUUUCUCUCGCUUAUCCUUGCGGGGGUGCUGGAGUCUAUCCCAGCUGUCUUCGGGCGAAAGGCAGGGUACACCCUGGACUGGUGGCCAGCCAAUCACAAGACACAUAUAGACAAACAACCAUUCACACUCACAUUCAUACCUAUGGACAAUUUGGAGUGGCCAAUUAACCUAGCAUGUUUUUGGAAUGUGGGAGGAAACCGGAGUACCCGGAGAAAACCCACGCAUGCACGGGGAGAACGUGCAAACUCCACACAGAGAUGGUCGAGGUUGGAAUCAAACUCAGGUCUCCUAGCUGAGAGGAACACCAUGCAGCCUCUAGUUUGACCAAUAAAGUGUAUUUUGAAAAAGAGAUAAG